CCGGACACACCGCCACAGGAGACUGCCAGACUUGAUCACAUAGUACAGGAGACGGUCAGAGACUGCGGACACAGUACAGGAGAUGACCAGAGACUGCGGACACAGUACAGGAGAUGACCAGAGACUGCGGACACAGUACAGGAGAUGACCAGAGACUGCGGACACAGUACAGGGGAUGACCAGAGACUGCAGACACAGUACAGGAGAUGACCGGAGACUGCGGACACAGUACAGGAGAUGACCAGAGACUGCAGACAUAGUACAGGAGACGGUCAG